AAACCUGAAGCUGUCACAAGCUUCCGACCCAAAGGCCGUUGUCUCCCAGCCUCCCUUCUGCAAGGAAGCUCAUAAACUGGGCCCAGCCGGGGGGUCAGGCUUGCAGAAGGCUUUGGGGGGUGGAGCCUAGAGCUCCCGGGAGUGGAUCCGGGCUCUGGAAUAUACCUCGAAACAAACAGCAAAAAAGUUCAGCAAGUUCCCCAUUUGACCCGCGUCUUUGCAAAGGGACGAGGUGCGCUGCUACUUUGCACGGCUUUGCUGCCACCUGCCAGCCGGCUCCUCCAGAGAUCGCAGCCAAGCCCAAGCAACCCUUUUUGCAGGCCAAGGCGAACUGUCCCCUCCGGGGACCCUCGCCCGUCCUUUCAGGCUCAGAUUAAAAUCGAGCCCUUCCUUGCAAAGUCGAGCAAUUCUUCGCAAUUAUUGGCUCCGAAAGGCGCGAUGCCUAACGAGACCUCCUUCAGUAAACCGUCGGCUUCCUCGGAGCAUCACACCCAGGGGACCAAAAUGGGCCCUUUGGGGAAGUCUGCCGGGCUAGCGGCCACCGGAGCCGGCGGCAACGCGGGGGGUUUAAGCCAGGGCCCUGCUGGGACCGCCACCGCUGCGGGGAAAAAAUCCCCGCGGCUCCCCAAGUGCGCGCGCUGUAGGAACCACGGCUACUCCUCGCCCCUGAAGGGCCACAAGCGGUUCUGCAUGUGGAGAGAUUGCCAGUGUAAAAAAUGCAGCUUGAUCGCCGAGAGGCAACGGGUGAUGGCCGCCCAGGUUGCAUUGAGAAGACAGCAAGCCCAAGAGGAAGAGCUGGGGAUUAGUCACCCCAUCCCUUUGCCUAGCGCCACAGAAAUGUAUGUGAAGAAAGAAAACAAUGCCAACAGUUCCUGCCUGUUGGAAAGCACCAGCCCACCACAGUCAACAACCACAGCAACUGUAGUAUCUACCUCAUCCACAGAAGGACGGAUGCUGAUUCAAGACAUUCCAUCCCUGGCCAGCAGAGGGCAUCUGGAGAGCACAUCUGACUUAGUUAUGGACCCCACCUACUACAGUAGUUUAUACCAGCCAUCCCUGUAUCCUUAUUACAACAACCUUUACAACUAUUCUCAGUAUCAAAUGGCUGUGGCCACUGAAACCACCUCUGGUGAUAUGGGAAGCCCACUGACAGGGUCACCUGUUAAGAGCAGCCUCCGAAGCCUCCCAACAACUUACAUGUCAAGCCAGUCAGGAAACCAGUGGCAGGUGAAAAGCCCAGAAGGUCGGCACAGCUUGAGUUCCCAGUACAGGAUGCAUUCUUACUAUCCCUCCGGCUCUUACUUGGGACAAAGUGUUGGGGGCCCUGCCUGUGUUCCCCAAAUUUUUACUUUUGAGGAGAAUCCUUCUUACUCCGAAACAAAAACAAAUGUAUUUUCACCACCCAGCAGUCAAGAUUCUGGCUUGGUGUCCCUUUCCAGCAGUUCUCCCAUCAGCAAUGAAAGUACCAAGGCUGUGCUGGAGUGCGAGUCUGCCUCUGACUCCAGCAACUUUCCAGUUCAUUCUGUUAUGGAAGAUGGUGAAUAAGCAUGGAUGGAAAAAAAAAAUAAGUCCUGCUGUAGAUUUCCUUGAAGAAAUGCCUUCGUGUUAAUUUGGAUUUGCCUGUUUUGUGAUGAUGACAGAUUCUGAAAUAACUGUUGAUAAAAUGUUCACUUAUUCUCUUUAUGUUUGUUCUGCACUUUGUGAUUUUCAGACUUAGAUAAGAAUGAGAAUAGUAUAGGGUAAAGCAGGGGUUCUCAACCUUGGCAACUUUAAGAUUUGUGGACUUCAAUUCCCAGAAUUCCUCAGCCAGCUUUGCUGGCUGAGGAAUUCUGGGAGUUGAAGUCCACAAGUCUUGAAGUUGCCAAGGUUCAGAACCCCUGGCGUAAAGGGAUGCAAGAGCAUUACCCUUAAGUGUAUUGAAAGAGACUUAAUAGUAUUCUCUAUUUUUUUUAAAAGCCUCCAUUUGUCUAACAAACAGUAUAGAAAUAAAAUUAAAGAUUAUUUUGUAGAUAAAAUGAAAUCAAAGUUCAGCAUACACAAAGGGUACUUAGAUUUGCUCAUAAUCGAUGUAUCCAGCACAAAAGGGUUUGAUUAAUUCUUUAAUGGUGUUCAAAAGCAAGAUGUUUCAAAUAUGAAUAGAUGAGAAAUAGAUAGCUUCCUAUUGUGAAACAGAAUUGCUCUUCCUUUUUUAAGUUGUACUGUAUGAGUUAAGACUGAAAUGUAAGAUUCUAUGUUUUACAGAUCCAGGGAUCUAUUUUCCUCUUUUGAUGAUAUAUAAAAAUAGAUAAAAGUUUAAGCAAGAAUGGUAUUUUUAAUUAAUGAAAGGUCUGUGAUGGAUUUUUCUUAGUUCUGUUUAAUGACCAGAUAUAGCCUCUUGCUAGCAUAAAAUGUAAAAAAAAAAGUUUGUACAAGUUAACCUAUUGGCUACAAUGUUAGCUCCAAAUAAAAAUGGCCUUUUAAAGUUAUUAUAGAUUUUUCUUCAAUGUUCUGUUAAAAAUACCUUAGCAUGUACUUUCUCUUAGUUACAGAAGCCAACCAAGAAAUAAAACUGCUCUUUAAAAGAA